AUGUUUAAUACUGCAGACUCUGCGAGAAUUUUAGCGUUCUUCCCUACACCAUCAAUAAGCCAUCAAGUGGUAUUUCGGCCAUUGAUACAAGAACUUGUAAAACGGGGCCAUGAAGUAGUUGUAAUUACUCCUGAUCCUGCUUUCCCAAAAGGUAAUACACCAACUAACCUUACAGAAAUAGAUGUGCAUGACAUUUCAUAUGCAUAUGCCGAAAAACUCUUAACGAAAGAUAGAGGAAAGAGAGAAGAUUUUUACUCACAAUUCAGAGCUGUAAUGGAAGUUUUUCCCAGUAUUUUUGAAGCUCAACUACAAGUACCUGAAGUAAACAGAAUUAUAAGAGAGGAAAGACACGCGUUCGACUUAUUAAUUAUAGAAUCAUGUGUACGAGCUGCCUUAGGACUAAGUCACAUCAUUAAAGCUCCAUUGAUACAAAUAAGUUCAUUCGGAGUUACAGGACUUCAAUAUGCCUUAGCAGGAACUCCGAUCCAGCCAUUUUUAUACCCAACACCUAUGCAGCAACGAAUUUAUAACCUAUCAUUGUUUGAAAAAAUUUUUCAAACAUAUGAUUUGAUUUACAUGAUGGCCAACAUAUAUAGAACACAGCAUCUUGAUUAUGCUGUAGCUAGAAAGUAUUUUGGGGACGAUAUGCCUAUAUUUGAAAAUUUAUUCAGUAAUACAAAAAUAUUGUUCAUAAACGAACAUCCAUUUUGGGCUGAUAACCGACCAAUAGCUCCCAAUAUUGUAUACAUCGGUGGAAUACAUCAGACCCAGGAUAAACCGUUACCAAAUGAUCUCAAAGCUUAUCUUGAUUCUUCCAAAAGUGGUGUUAUCUACAUAAGCUUUGGUACUAACGUCAAACCGUAUAUGCUCGCGCUUGACAAAAUUAAGAUUAUGGUGGACGUGUUAUCGAAAAUGCCGUAUGACGUGCUAUGGAAGUGGGAGAACAAUGAAUUGCCAGGAAUCUCAAAAAAUAUCAAAAUAUCGAAGUGGUUACCGCAGUCUGAUCUAUUAAAGCAUCCCAAAAUAAAAUUAUUUAUAACGCAAGGUGGAUUACAAUCUACAGAUGAAGCGAUUAGCGCUGGAGUGCCACUCAUUGGUAUUCCUUUAUUGGCAGACCAAUGGUAUAAUGUUGAAAAAUACGAGCUUCAUAAAAUAGGAUUACAUCUAGAUUAUUCUAGUAUUACCGCUGAUGGAUUUAAAAAUGCACUUACUACUGUUUUGCAUGAUUCAAGUUACAAGGCCAAUAUAGUCCGUCUUCGAGCAUUGAUGCGUGAGCAUCCAUUGAAACCUCUGGAUACGGCAGUGUGGUGGACCGAACACGUGAUAAGACAUGGCGGAGAUCACUUGCAACCACCAAACGCCGGAAUAUCAGGAAUAAUCGGAUAUUACGAAUUCCCACUGGUCUUUACCAUACUUUCGAUUCUGAUUUCAAUAACAGCCGCGAUUGCAAUAACAUUAUCUUACAUAUGGAAAUUGGCGAUAAGAAAAGUAGCACAGUAUAUUAAAUUGAAAAUACUGUGA